GCAACACACAACAACCAGGUGAUGAGCAGGAGAUGAUUUCAGGAAGUAGUUUGUUUGGUGAUAGUUUAGCUGAAAACGUGUGGAACAUCCCAGAAAAUAUCAGAGAUGACGAGGAGGCUGAAUUAAAACUUUGACAGACAAUCAGUGUGGAAAGGUAAUCUGCUGAGGAGAUGGACGGCUGCCAUACCACAAUCACCAGGCGUGUGCAGGAGCAGUGGAGCCGCCUCGUCUCAGGUGCAGGUGUGUUACAGCGAGUGGCAGAUGGACAUGAAUGCUUUCUCAGCAACAGAAGAAACAGAAGAAGGACAUCAGGACACUGUGGCCACAAACCUGGAUGUGUUUUGACAGAACGUCAGGAUCAUGUCCAGCUGUGUUUGGAGUGACAGGACCAGGACCUGUCAGCACUAGAAUAUGCAAUAGAGGAACCCGGUGCGUCAUCACAUCCAUCAUCCCUGUCGACAGUCGAUCCCCCCUGACAUGGCCUCGUCCCCCGAGCUGGAUUCUCACUCACUGCUUCAGCUCCAGGAAGUCGACUCCAGCAAACCCUCGGAGAGGCCGAGCUCCCCGAGACAGCUCUCCGCCGCCUACAGCCCUCCGCUGGGCAUGGACAGCCACACCGUCUGCAUCCCGUCUCCGUACGCGGACAGCAGCCACGAGUACAACCACGGCCACGGACCCCUGAACUUUUACAGCCAGCCGGUGCUGAGCUACGCCAGGCAGCCCAUCACUGACAGCCCAUCUUACCUGUGCCCCUCCAUCAGCCCGUCAGCCUUCUGGCCCUCCCACAGCCACCCCAGCAUGCCCUCACUGGCUCUGCAGUGCCCUCAGCCUCGCAUCUACAGCGAACCCAGCCCACAUGCGCCCUGGCUGGAGCCCAAAGCCCACGCUGUCACCACCAGCAGCGCCGUCAUCAGCUGUAACAAGCCGCCGGGGAAGAGAUCAGACGAGAGGGGGGAAGGCGUGAACUCCUCCUCGUGCGCCUCGGCGGUGGAGAAGGCCGACAUGCACUUCUGCGCCGUGUGCCAAGACUACGCCUCGGGCUACCACUACGGCGUGUGGUCCUGCGAGGGCUGCAAGGCCUUUUUCAAGAGAAGUAUCCAAGGACACAAUGACUACAUCUGCCCCGCUACAAAUCAAUGCACUAUCGACAAGAACCGCCGCAAAAGCUGCCAGGCCUGCCGCUUACGUAAAUGCUACGAAGUGGGCAUGAUGAAGUGCGGUGUAAGGCGCGAACGCUGCAGCUACCGAGGGGCCCGACACCGCCGCGGUGGACUCCAGCCUCGGGACCCCACGGGCAGAGGUCUGGUCAGGGUGGGACUGGGCUCUCGGGCCCAGCGGCACCUCCACCUGGAGGCUCCUCUGGCCCCGCUCCCUCAGGCCAAACGCGUUCACCACUCAGCCAUGAGCCCGGAGGAGUUCAUCUCCCGCAUCAUGGAGGCCGAGCCCCCGGAGAUCUACCUCAUGGAGGACAUGAACAAACCCUUCACCGAGUCCAGCAUGAUGAUGUCCCUCACCAACCUGGCCGACAAGGAACUGGUGCUCAUGAUCAGCUGGGCCAAAAAGAUACCUGGCUUCGUGGAGUUGAGUCUAGCGGAUCAGAUCCACCUGCUGAAGUGCUGCUGGCUGGAGAUCCUGAUGUUGGGCCUGAUGUGGAGGUCCGUGGAUCAUCCUGGAAAACUCAUCUUCUCUCCGGACUUCAAACUCAACAGGGAGGAGGGACAGUGUGUGGAGGGCAUCAUGGAGAUUUUCGACAUGCUGCUGGCAGCCACGUCUCGGUUUCGUGAGCUGAAGCUUCAGAGGGAGGAGUACGUCUGUCUGAAGGCCAUGAUCCUCCUCAACUCCUAUCUGUGUACGAACUCCCCUCAGACCGCCGAGGAGCUGGAGAGCAGGACCAAGCUGCUGCGUCUGCUGGACUCGGUGAUCGAUGCUCUGGUCUGGGCCAUUUCCAAGCUGGGCCUGACGACCCAGCAGCAGACUCUGCGCCUGGGACACCUCACCAUGCUGCUUUCCCACAUCCGCCACGUCAGCAACAAGGGCAUGGACCACCUGUCCACCAUGAAGAGGAAGAACGUGGUGCUGGUCUACGACCUCCUCCUGGAGAUGUUGGACGCCAACACCAGCAGCAGCGGCAGUCAGGAGUCCUCAUCGAUCUCCGAGACGUACCCCGACCAGCACCGGUACCCGCAAGCUUCGUCUCACCUGCAGCCGGGCUCGGACCAGGCCGCCGCCGACCACACCGCCGUGCCUCCAUGUGGGCCCGCCGAGGCCCCGGUACUGGACGGACACCUGCAGGCUCUAACCCUCCAGUCCUCGCCCCACUUCCAGAGCUUAGAGAUGACUCACAUGGACAGCAGCGAGUACAUCCACCCGGAGCAGUGGUCCCUGGAAACACGAGAUGCAGCUCCGUUGGUGGACGGCUCGGUGGACUACAUGAGCCCCGAUCCCACUGUGAUGGAGACCGACUUGGUGAACGGACUGUAAGAGACUCACUGAGACUGAACCAUGACGGCUCUCCGUCCCCCAAAGAUCCACAGAAGGAAACAAACAAACAAAAAGGACAAUAAACGUAGAAAAAAACAAAGUGCUGUCGUGAGGUAAAGUUUUUUUUUUUUCCCACUCUCGUUGAGAUGUUUUUAGUCCUCGGAGGACAAGAACGAUUUUGAUCGAAUGUAUAUUUUGUGUGCGUAAAAUAUUUCUUGUGAAUGUGCACUACAGCAGGUGUUCACGGGAACAUCGCUGAACUUCUGCCAGUCAGUUCGAGCUCUUUUUUGAUAACCAGUAUUUGUAUCUCUCUUUUUUCAACCUUGGUGUAACAUCCAGGAAAAGCUGUGUGCAGUCCGUCUGCAGGGACUCGUGGGAAGGUGCAUGUGGUCCGUACAGCUAACACUGAUUUCCAUAAGCUUUGGUAGUCACAUGGCUUUAGAGCGGGCGGCGUUUUCUAUCACACUGUGGUGUUUUUUCCUCCUUCACAGCUACUAUGUACUUUGGUGUUUUCAAUCGGUGCCUGUUAAUCUGGGAUUUUCUACUCUCUUUGUGCAAACUUCAAGUGUCAGUGGAGUCAAACAGCAGCAGUUUGUGGCCUUUUUAUCAAAACGACUGUUAGCAGCAGCUUUCUCUUCUCUUCAUGUGGCGACACUAAGGCUGGAUUUACACACCGCAUGAGGCUCGGGAUCGAUCUCAGUUCACACUCGGCACCAGCAACACCGAAAAGUUAAGGUCAGAUUUAACUCGGUACACUGUUGAUGACUCUAAACUGUCCGACCAAACUCUUUAAAUCUAAUCUGAUCUACUUUAACUGAGUGAAAUAAAAUGUUUUAUUGGAAAAAAGAACAAAUAUUUUGCGGGAAAAAAAAGUCCUGGAGAAAGAAUUUCAGGGGAUUUUCUUUUUUUUAAUAUGUUCCGUUCCUUUUCCUUUCUGCUUAAUCCUCGAGGGUCGCGGGAUGCUGCCGCUUCCCCCCCUAAGGGGCUUACUGGGGCCACAUCCUGUUCUACUCGAUGGGCGAAGGCCACGGCACAUCCUGGAUGUCAACUUUUGAAAAAAAAAAAAUUUUAAAAAGAAAAAAAAAAAUCUGAAUAAUUUUUGUGUCAAAAUUAAUGUAAAACUGAGUGAAAUAACGUGUUUUUGGAAGAAAGAAAAAAGCCUUGCAAAAAAUAAAUAAAUAAUUCUGCUGUUUCACAUGUGGAAAAACCAGAAUCUCUUAAUGUUUUUGUUUAAUGUUUAUUUCUUAAACUGAAUCAUCUGAGGAACUGAACGUGACGUAGUCAUCGAUGUUCUUUUACAUCUUUUUAAAUUUAUGCACGUUGUUAAACUGAACAACAUGUGAAGGAAUCUGAACAUCAGUCCAGGCUUGUUUUGUUUCUUGGCUUCAGUCAGGAUGACCGAUUACAACUAUCUGUCUUCUCAUGUCAGAACCUCAGACAUGUUCGCUGUGGUGUUUUUCAUUAUGUUUCUCAUUCAUCACACCGCUGGCACCAGAACAGCCCAUUCGGUACCAUCCAAGCUCAAAGUGCUUUGUUGCGACACGGCCAAACAAACAAAUGUUUGGAUAAACGCUCCAAACGCAACAUGUAGGUCGUUUCUUUUUGACGUCCGGUGACGAGCAGCGUCACUCUGCUGCCAGUGUAAAUCCAACCUUAGUGCCAGAUUCUCCCACCGCUGCGCAUAGACAGGUUCAUGUUCACUAUCCUCUCUUUCCUGAUGUCUGUGGCUUGUACAUGCAUGCAAACACACACACACACACACACACACACACACACACACACACACACACACACACACACACACACACACACCUCCACAUCAUGUUGGUUUGUGCACAACAACACACACGUUUCAGAUUCAUGUUGCAGUUCGUGCCGGUCGAAGCUGUCGGCUCUCUAACACAGUGAUGCAGUAAAACAACAUACAGACCCAACGUCAUGGCAAACACAGUUUAUUGUCGAUCAAAAAAAAAACAAAAAAACAAAGACAAUCUAUACAUCCCAUAAAUAAGAGUUCACAAAAUAAAUCAAACUUUACACA